CCCGUCCUCCGUGUGAGGGAUGCUGAGAGCAGAGCUAAGGGGAGAGGGAGCCGGAGAAGGCCGAGUGGAACUGGGGAACUGACGCUGAGAAAGAUGAAAAAGAGCAAGAAGUACAAGUUAUACUGUUGAUCAGAAAGGCACUGGAAAAAAUGGUUCAAUUUAUUCAAAAGAUGCAGCUGGAGGAAGGCCGAUUACAAAGGCAGAUGAAGGAGAAAGCAUGGCAAAGGAGCAAGAACUUUAACACCGAGACAGCACCCAGAUUCAAGCCCAGAAAGGUCAUACUACAUCAUGUUGCUGAAUUUCAGGAACAUAUAAUGAAACAACAGGUCAGUGUGGAGUCUGCAUACAGCAGACUGGAAUAUCUCAGGGACUUGUUGGACAUCCAGGCUCUGCAGGCAAAGGCGCUUCUCUCUGGGACAUCACAAUGCUUUGAAAACUACCAAGGGACCAGAUUUUAUGGUAUUGCUGGUGUCCCCCACGGCACAUGCGCAGUCAUCCAUCGAAAACUGAUUCCAUUGUUGAAGUCUCUGGUUCAGAUACUGGAGGAAAACAAAAGGAGUGAUAGGUCACUUGAGACUCUAAUUCUUCAGUCAGGAUACUCCUCAAGAAGCACCUUAAAGGCAUCUACAGCUCAGUCUGAGGCAUUCAGGACUGCAGCAAGCCAGGAAAUUGCUCCAGCUGCCACUCCAUCACCUGUGCUGCCCUCUUUUUUCUUACCAGGGGGAUCCCAUAUACAGCAAGAAAUCCUGACAAGGUUUUUUUUAGAAAAGCACGCCAGUGAAGUGGUGCAUUUAGAGCUGUCCUUAAUGACGGAAGAAAUAAACAUGAUCUGCUACUUUUAUGAAUCAGCCAAAGCUAAGGAAAAGGAAGAAUGUAAAGAAAAUUGGUUUCAGGGGAUGAAAUUCCGUAAAGAAAUGGAUGUAGCCAGCGACUGGGACACAUUUCUGAAGGAGUUAGCUGAAUGCCACCAGCGUGCUGAACAAGCUCUCUAUCAGAAGCAUUGGGAAGAAAUCAAGCAGUCAGGGCUCAGCUGGGAUCUAGUAACACCCAAAGACCACUUACGUUCUCGAGAUGAAAUUCUACAUCAUUUAUCACGGCUUUGUGCUGAUUUGCAAAUCACAGAUUCCCACAUCAGAUAUGAUGUCACUAAAAAACAAGAUGAAACACAGUCUUUGGAAGCAGAACUAGCUCCAGACUCAGCAACUCAAAUAUUACAAGCUUCAGCCGUCAAAAUAGUAAAGUUAGAAGUUAUGAAACAAGUGUGUCUCUAUAGAAUAUUGGAUCUCUAUAAUGAACUCCAGAGACAGACCUGUCCAGAACGUGUGUUAAGGAUUCUGAACACUUUACACUACAGAGCUACAGGAGAAACUGUGGCCCAAGAGGUGGCCCAGAUUAGUGAGAAGCAGCAAGUGGAGAGAGCUGUGGCUUUUCUCCAGAAACACCACAAAGAAGGAGACUUACUUAUUGGUUUAAAGGAAGAGUCAGAGACUGAACUGAGGAAUAUGCAGACACAGUUCAGACUGGAGCUUCAAACCCAAACAGAAGAAAAGGUGCAAGCCAAGGAAAUGCAAGUGAUUCAGGAGGCUGAAAGACAGGAGUUACCAAAUCAUAUUGAGCAUGUGGCAUAUUUUAUCCUAUCUCAGAGACACUUGCGGCAAACAGUAAUAGUGCUACAAGACAGCUGCAGAUUCCAAAAGGCAGACUUGUGGACACAGACUGAAGAAAGAAACCUGUGCGAGCUUGUCAUAGAUGGGUCAUUGGUUGAUGAUGAUAUGAAGGGCAUCUUACAUCUAUUGAAAGAUAACAUGGAGUACAAGCUUUCAGGGCUGGAGCUGAAACAAGCUGGCAGAUUAUUACAACUGAGAGAGAAGCAGAUUUUGGAAAUAACCAAAUGCCUGAAAGACCACUCUUUGGACACGUCUGUGGAUGAAGCUGGCUUCACAGCCAAUGAUCUACAGGAAUUCAGAAAGCAGAAAAUAAGGGAACUGAAAGAACAGCUCAAAAUCUUCAUGGGCGAUAAAAAAACUAAGGAGAAUACUUCAAGCAAUCCUGAUCCACUACAGAUCAAAAAAUCCACAUUGGAAAGAGAAGAUAAAAUAAGUAAAGGGAAUGAUAUCUGGGAGAUUUUCCAAGCAAAGCAGCUGCCGCUGGAAGAAUCUCACCAAUGCCAAAUAUCAGAUGAAAGAGUGAAUCUGCUGUAUCAGCUGGAUCACGGAGAGCUGAGGAGCUGGAUGAAGAAUAAAAUGAUGAAAGAACACAAUGAAACUGUGGCCUUCCUGCAAAAGGCUUUUCACCAGGACCUGGAGAAACUGAGAAGGAGGCUAGAGCCGGCAGAGAAGAAAAAAGAGAAACAGCAAGAAAACAGCCCUGCGUCAUCUGCAGCUGCAUCCUCAUCAGCCAAAGAGAAACCCAGCCAGGCAGAAGACCAGGUUCUCUCUCUCUUGGCAGAGAAUGUCAAGAUACUGAAGCAAACUGAACAGUUGUUGGCAUCAAGGAUUAUUCUCCUGAAUCCCCAGUUUAGGUCACCUCUUCUGUAUGAUGAUGAUAAAGCCAAGUAUAUGAAAUCUUCUCCACUUCUCACUCUUCUGAAAGAUGUGAAUGACCAGCUCCAAGCUCAUGCGAUGGCAGUUGGGCUUCUGGAAAGCCAUCUGCAGGAAAAAGACACAGGAAGUUCUUUUCAUGAUAUAUUGGAUGCUCUGAUGACUCAUAAAGGUGAACUAAUACCAGUUCAUCCCCCAACACUUUCUGCAAGAGAGUUUGUAAUAUACCAAUAUGGCAUCUCCAUUCUCCAGUUUCUCAGGCCUCAUAUCAAUGCUCCAGAAAUUAACCUGUGUGUUGCCUCCAGCAUACCUCUCAGUAACACCACAGGCAAUGCCUUCCAAAACUCUUUCUUUUAUCAGAUUUCAGAGAACAAAUUAUUCAUUUUAAGAGAGUAUCUGGGUUGUGUGGGCAGCUUCAUUCUGCUGCUGGUGCACUGUCUGGCUCACAUAACUGCUGCUGACCUCAGCCAUGACUCCAGCCCCACCUUUCAGAGACUGUUUUAUCAGGCACUAAAGGCCUGUCUCAGUGAAAUGUUCUCCCUUAGACUCCGGAUGUCAGCAGUUCUCCAGGACAAUAAAUCCUCUGUGAAGAUAAGUGAGAUUCUGUUGAAGGGAGAACCAUUUUCUGGGGAGAAACUAAAUCUCAUCUCUCAGCUUUUUGAUGCAAAAGUAAACUCCGCCAGAGAGAUGGAGGUGUCCGAGGAGAGGAACAGGAACCUCUUACUCCAUACAAAUCUUGAGGACCUGCUGAAGAAUAAACCAUCUGUAAAGAAGAAAGAGUUUCUCACCCCCACCUCAGCUGGCAGGAAAGAGAACAACUUUGGUGGGAGGACAAGCUCAGAAGAGGAAAGCUGCUCUUACUUCAGCCUUUUGGAAGUGGAAGAGCAGUUGGAUACAUUAACUGAGGAGCUGGUGAAAGUCAUGGAGGAAGAACAUCAUUUUUUAAAAUAUGCAGCCAAUGAAGAUUUGCUCUUUGAUCAUCUUAAGAUAAUUGGUUUGAAGAAAGACUGUUUGGUAAAGCAAAUAGAAAUAUUAGAAGGGAAAAUAGCAAAAGGCAGAGAGGUGUUUAAGUAAUAUUAAUAACAGCAAAGAAAAAAAAUUGGUGACUUGCUUCUAGCUUGGGUGUCUGCACUCACCUUCACACACACAAAGUUUAUUCCAAGACACGUGUAUUGUUUUUCAUACUCACUCAUUAUUAAAUCUGAUUUAAAGGCAUCUAUGGUAGCUUAAAAACUGACAGGGCCUAAGGCUAGUCGACUCCCUGAUUUCUUCUGAAAUAUCCCUUAGCAGUAAUAAGCAGUCAAGAUAUCUUGGUUAUUGUCAUUACACAAGCAUGUGAAAUCUCAGUUAACUGUCAACUUAGCAAAGGACUGCAGGUGGGGUUUUAGAACUGAACUCCCAUCUGUUAUGGUUAUAGUGCUUAAUAAGUGUGUUUUGAUAACACUAUAUAGCACUAACCACUACAAACAUUGGAGAGGACAGUCACACUGAUCCCUAGCGUUUAAGUUUACAGGAAGACAGUUUCCUGUCCCAUAGACAUUCUAAUUCUGAAAGGUGCUGAGUACCUCUCACUUAGAUGGACUUCAGUGUGAGCUGAAGGCUAGAUCCUCAAAAAGGUAUCUAAGCUCUUAACUUCUGGGCUCAAGUGCCCUCAACUCCUUGCAAGAUCAGGCCCUAGUUUAUACACUGGUGUGAUACAAACAAGAAUCUGAAGGGAAAGGAGCAGAUGGCCUCACACAGGAGAUCAGCAACACAGAAGAGCGUUUUGUAUAUGGAUUUGAAUGAGAUUGAUUAUUUCUGGUGCAAUGGUUGUGAAUCAUUGAAUGUCUCUGCUCUAAUACUGUCAAACAGCUGACACAACUGUAUCCAAUUCCUUCUAUAUUCUUUAUUGGGUGAUUUGAUUGUAGUGGCCUAUUAAAAUAGGUACCUGUUAUACCUUUAGAGUUC